AUGGUAAGCCUCCUGAAAAAUACGUAGGAACUGCGCGACCGCCCCCUUACAGCUGGCCAGAUAGACUGACAACCAGCAACUAGAGCAAACCGAAAUUUACCCAACAGGAAAAUAAUUUCAAGGUCAGGCCGAUAUCAAAGUUCAUCAAUUGCCAUGAAGGACAUAUUAUUCAUGCCCCCGAAAACUACAAAACUGCAAACUUCAAUUUUUAUAUUGUACAUAUCGUUAUUUUUUGAAAAUUUUGUUAUUAUUUUCCCUUAGAACUGAGGUUUUUUAACUUAAAACAAACUCUCACUUCGCGCUCUUUUGGCUAACCAGACACCCGAAGCAAAUGAAGUCAAAGUGCAGUUGAAAUUGACGAGUUUGUUUUAGGUUUUCUUCCUGAGUUCAAAGGCGACUGACAGUGCCCAAGGGGCGCUACAAUAAACCUAUUCUAUGAUAUCUUGCGGGGCCUUCCAUUCGCUUACGCCUACAUCGACGACAUAAUCGUCGCAAGCUCUUCGGCAGAGGAACAUGUCUCGCAUUUACGCCGCAUAUUCGAUCGUUUCCAGCAAUACGGUUUGCAAUUAAACGUCGACAAAUGCGUUUUUGGCGUUAAUUCUCUCGAUUUCCUUGGCCAUCACGUCGAUCAGCACGGAAUCACUCCACUUACAGAGAAGGUGCAAUGCACCUUGUCUUUCCCUGUUCCCAACACACUCACUCAGCUGCGACGUUUCAUAGGCCCUAUCAACUAUUACAGACGUUUUAUUCCCCAUUGUGCGGCAAUCCUGGCUCCCUUGACUGACCUUUUGAAGUCGAAAGCAAAACCUAUUGAACUUUCACCGGCAGCCCAUACAGCUUUUGAGGACGCGAAAAAGGCUCUUGCCGAUGCUACCAUGCUGCACCACCUCAGCUCUGACUUUCAUGCACAGCUCAUUUUGACCACCGACGCUUCCACCAGUGCUGUCGGCGCAGUCUUGCAUCAACAGUUGAAUAACCAGUUGCAGCCUUUAGCUUUCUUUUCACAGAAGCUACAACCGGCGCAGACUCGAUACAGUACUUUCUCUUGCGAGCUCCUUGCCGUCUACUUGGCCAUACGUCACUUUCGACACCUUUUAGAGGGCAGAGACUUUUCGGUCCACACUGACCACAAGCCUCUCACUUACGCCCGAGGCCAAGCCAGAUCGGUACUCGCCCAGGGAAGUUCGUCACCUGGACUAUAUUUCGCAGUUUACUGCCGACAUCCGCUACGUCCGAGGCAGCGACAAUGUCAUUGCUGAUGCAUUAUCCCGUCCGGACAUCAACACACUCACAUCCGAUUUCGACCUGGCGAGGCUUGCAGAACUCCAAACAGCAGACGAGUCCAUCGCGGACUUACGUACGUCUAUUAUUCUGCAGCUUCGAGAUGCACCACUUCCUGCGUCACCAGGUACGAUUUUGUGCCAUUGGUCCACAGGCACCCCUCGUCCUGUUGUUCCACUAUCCUAUCGUAAGGUCGUCUUUGACCACUGUCACUCCCUCUCCCACCCUGGCAUUCGCGCUGGACGUAAGUUAAUCGCGGCUCGUUUUGUUUGGCCGAAGAUGAAUUCCGACAUUGCUCUUUGGACCAAACAGAGUCUCGCGUGCCAGAAGAACAAGGUUCAUCGACACACUAUCUCCCCUCCAAGUACCUUUGCGGUCCCGGAUGUUCGAUUUAAUCAUGUUCACUUGGAUUUAAUCGGACCGUUACCCCCUUCACGUGGGUACACACAUAUCCUGACGGCCGUUGACCGUUUCACACGAUGACCGAUUGCCGUUCCUAUCUCGGAUACCUCGGCAGCAAAUAUCGCCAUGGUUUUUCUGACCCACUGGAUCUCAACUUUUGGUGUGCCAGCCACCCUUACCACCGACCGCGGAAGUCAGUUCCAAUCUAGCCUCUUCCGUGAGUUCACUAGACUGCUCGGGUGCGCGCACAUCACAACCACGGCAUACUAUCCUGCCUCCAACGGUCUCGUUGAGCGUCUACACCGCCAACUGAAGUCCGCGCUGAUGUCCAAAACAGAGUCAGCUACUGGGAGUGUCAAUCUCCCUCUUGUGCUUUUGGGCAUCCGAUCUUCUGUCAAGGAGGACAUCCAAUGCACGGCCGCCGAACUUGUGUACGGCACACCCCUCCGUCUGCCCGGCGAAUUUGUGCAGCCUUCCACAACAAACAAUAACAUCACGAGCACCUUCGUACAGCAGUUGAAUCAACGCAUGGCUCCACUGCGUCCAACCUCCACUCGUCUGACUUCGAAACACGUGUUUGUACACGAGGACCUUAGAUCCGCCCCCUUUGUUUUCGUCCGGCAUGACGCAAUGCGCAAGCCCCUUUGUUCUCCCUACGAUGGCCCAUAUAAGGUCGUUCAGCGGAAUGACAAGUUUUACGUCCUUCAAAAGGCUGAUAAGACCGACACGGUCUCCAUUGACCGCCUUGAACCAGCCCAUCUGGAGUGCCUCCCGUCGACCAGUGCGCCAUCCAUUGCCCCUACUACGUCCUCACCCGAAACACCCACUCCGCUCACCUACCCUCCAUCACCACACUUGACCAUUCUACCCACCCAACCGGAUCCUCCUCCUACACCACCGCCUAUUUCAUCUCGCUCCGGUAGACAUAUCCGUUUUCCCGCCAGACUUAAAGACUUUGUAGUGUAAUUUUUUUCCCGUUUUAUUUUAUCGAGCGUUUUGUUUCUUUGGCAAACGCUCUGGUGGGGGAGUUGUGUAGGCUUUUAUACACUUUUGAUUUGUUUCACUACAUUUUCUUGUACACCUGACCUGCCUGUACAUUUGUUUGACUAAAUGGAAAAUACACAUGAACAACGCUACGGCGGUCAACAUGUGUUCUGGUUUCGAGUGUGUUUGACGUCGUUAUUUCUUGGCGUGCGCUUGUCACCUCUCAAUACUCUUAGUAAUUCGUACGUGCUGACGGAGACUUCCUCCUCAAAGCCGACUUCGACGUAUCAUCGCGGAACCUAGAGCCUUCCUUCAAGCAGUUCCUCAUCGGGACACUAUCUCUCUACUUGAUAGGAUUCUACUUUACGGGAGUCUAGAACAUUCCUUGUCUGGUUCUUUCAAUCUGUACGUUCCUUUUUGUUGGUAAACACAAUUCCCCCAUUCGGAGUUAGUUUUUUUCUGCAUAUAUUCCUGUUUGUAGUUUCUAAGUCCACAUUUGCACAACUAAGUCACCUAAUUCAGGUAAGUUUGAAAAGUAAAUGGUGUCAAGCAGCUUCUGGAAUUUAGGAGGAGAAGUAUGUGUGUGCCAGUCAAUUUUUGGCAAAUAAAAAUCGUCUGCGAUGAGCUUGACAUCGAAAGAAUUUUCUGCAAUUUUUUCAACGUGUUCACAGAGUCUGCUUUCAUUUCCGGAGGAACAAGGAGGAUUAUAUACACAUCCGACUGAGGCUUUCCUAUUUUGCGGAAGGAUUUUCGAAGCAAAACAUAAAUUUCCAGAAAAGGAGGAAAUGUUCAAGUCAUAGGGUGAUUGUGCAAGUGAGGCUCUUAUGUAAAGAAGGCAUCCACCUCCGCGUCUCUCGGCACGAUCCUUGCGGUAUAAACUGAGGCUAUCUAUAUUGAGUGCCGAGUCUGAAAUUAGUGAGUGUGCCCACGAUUCUGUAAUGCACAAUACGUCUGUGUCAAACUCAACAGCUACACUUCUUAGGUGUGCCAUCUUUUGCACAGCAGAUCUAGCGUUGAGAGAGACACUACUGUGCGUAUUCCUAAUAUGUAGGUUCCGCUCAUUGCUACUUAUAAAAAAGGAAGAGCCGGGGGUGGAAAAUUAAGCUGUUGGAACGAAGCAAUUGGUGGAGGACAAAGUUGCUGCGGUCUAAAAUUUGUGGGGUAAUUACUAACUAGAUAUGCAGUAUUAUGUGGAAAAACAUUUGAGGAGGACCCAGGAAGAGGAAAGCUAUUUUGUUGGGUUGGAAAAAUAUUAGGCAUCAAAAUAAGAUUUUGGGAAUUGUUAGCAUAAUAUGAGGGGUAGUUUAUGUUAGGUAGCGGUCGUAAUGGUUUCGGGAAACAGUUAACAUCAGGAAAGGGCUUUAUAAUUUGGGGUGUCAGACUAGCAAUAGGAUUGGAAAAGUUAUCAGCAAUGCUAUAUACUUGCAUUUUACAGUCUGGUGUGCAAGAGGGCUUCACAACUGGGGCGUUAAUUUGAGAAUUCAGGAUAGGAACAGCUUAAGAUCUCCCUGAACUAUCAUCUAGCUUAUUGGGCCUAACUACGAGGUCAGACCUGAGUGGCCAGGUGGGGAACGGGGUGAAUUCGAUGUAAGUUCAUUAUUUUAAUCAGUAUUCUGAGUGCUGGGAGUCGGUUGCGCUUCAAGGACUGGCUCAUUUUUACUGUUAAGAUCAAGCUCCCUAGUAAAUUUGGGAGCCGCAUUUGAACAAUCCUUGCUUCGUGGGGGAGUUUUAAAGAGGCUAGUUUUAACUGUCUCUGUGAUAAUGUGAUCAGUUGAAGAUCUAGAUGGAACUGGGGCCGCUGUAGAUAGUGGGGAGAUUUGGUCGACGCCCAAUGGAGAAACUGCUUAGAGGUAAAUGCAUAUGAGUAGAAUUCGGGCGUGACUUUACGUUUGUCAAUGGGGGAGAAACUCUUCGUUGCAGUGGAGUUUGAUCUCGACUAAUAAAAAGUUUAUUUCCCCUGAGAUAUUGAGUCGAGCGCCCCAAAUGGGAGAAAAUAAAAUCCACCUCUAUCGACGAAAAGAGUUUGACAAGAAUUGGUGAAUUUUGCUCCUAGAUGAAAGCCUUUUAGCUUCAGCGACCCUAAAGUUGAAACCCCAUGAAUAAAGGAAGUGAAAAGCGACAUCGAUUGGCUGUCUACCCUUAGGAACUUUUUUUAAUAUAAAUUGAAACUUCGUUUAUGCCUGUCUUCGGUCUCAGUAGCAACCAGGUUAAUGAGAGGCAUGAACUUCUCACACUGCUGAGACGUAAGCGUUGUCAACUUUCCGUCAAGAAGGGGACCAGGAACAGAAAAAAUUGAUCAAUAACGAGCCAUAAAAUUGUUAAAAUCAUCAAGCGUCCCUAGAUCAAUUUUUUCAUAUGAAGAAUGGGUUUCAAAUGAAGUUUAGUUUCCUUCAGAUUCCGACGAAGGGUUGCCUGAGGUUUCGUGUCGAAAAAGCAAUACAAAACUUAUGCCGAAAUAUUUAUAUAAAUGAUAACUGCGAAACUUCGAGGAUAUAUGAAUGAGACAAUGUAUGAUGAAACGAUUUCUGACAGCUGUCAAUAUUGGUGGACCAGACAGCACAAUUUAUACUUAGAAAAUUUUACUCAAUAACGGAAUGCAAACUUGAAAAAACGGGUGGCAAAACAGAACUGUGAAUAAAUCUGAAUUGGAUAAUGAGGCUAUGAAGCAUAAAAUAGAGAACAGUAUAAUUCUCAAUAAAUCAACGAUAAAAGCGGUCAGUGGUGACGGUUUAUCGUUUGAAAUAUAAUGCUAUUCUAUAUUUUUACGAGCAGCUGAUGCAUGCUUAAUGUUGUCACUUAUCUAUUCCUCGAAAACUUGAACUGAACCCGAGCAACGAGACCAAGCCCAUACUUUUUACGCACUUUGGACAAAUGGAUGUCAUUAUUGAGUUCGUUUGCAAAGGGGCUAUUUAAAUACAAAACAAAUUAGACUAUGCGGCCGUGAUAACCCAGUACAUCAAAUCGCAAAGGGUGUGCGCAAAUAUACGUACACCUUAAACAACACUGAUGGAACCAAAUGCCUGCAGUCAAACGCCCUUAGCAAAAUGCGUAAUGCUCGAAGCAUAUUGACAAUUCCAACAGAUGCCGAAGUAUGCAUAUUCAGGCGUUGCGCACAAAUGAUUCUGUCAAUUAAAGAGGCAAAGUCCAUGGUGUGUUAACACUGCAAAUGCUGCGUUUGUGUUGCCUCUUGAAUGCUCUUAGCUCUUAGUUUUCAUAUGUACCUAAAGAGAGUUUCUAUGAUUCUGUUAAAGUAGGUCGCAGUGAGAGUGGGGGAAUUAUCCGAUUUAAAUCCUUCUGUGCCCAAGCCUGGUGAAGGUAAUAAUAAUACACAAGCAGAUAGAGCAUCACUUUGUUAGUUUAAUGGUUUUCUAUUCAAUAACUGGCUAUGAUACGUAAUUUCUACAUCACGCUGAUGUAUAUUUAUGGUUAAUUGCCUUAGACUCUCACUGAUACUCUAAGAUAACGCUGCCUAUACAGCUCAGCGUUCCCGUCCAACUGUCCGCAUCCCCAGGUCUUUACUAGACACUUUUUAGUCUUUUAAUGAUUUUCCAACUGUAUCGGUUAAUUGAAGAAUUCCUCUGAAUGGGAAAAAUUAAGAACGACGACGGUUUUCUUAACAUUGACCCUUCUGACCUUGAAUUGUUUUACGAAACCGAGCUCACUUUACACAGGAGUUGGUACAUAUAUAGUUCUAAUUGCAGCCCUGAUUCUACGCUAGUAUGUCGGACUUACAAAAGCUCGAGAACACACAGAAGGCUUGUAGGAAGAUCCGAGAUGGGUUGGAGGCAUGGCUCGGAAAACCACUAAGUAAGAUAUAGUCGUGGUACGCUUUAACAAAGUUUUUGAGUAGCCGUCAAUCACCAGCAAUAUAUAUAUAUAUAUAUAUAUAUAUAUAUAUAUAGCAGCAAAUGCCUUUGAAAUGAUUUUGAGUCUACGUUGACUCGAUACCCACUAGUCAGUUUAUAGGUACCUCUUGGAUGCUGAUAUGCAUGCGGCACUCUACCAAGACGCGGUUAAUUGGCGAGCUCUGGAAAUAAUAUUUAUCACUAAAGUGGUAGAUGUUAUAUCAUUUAAGUACUUAAUUAAGCACUUGUGUGAUAUAUGUAUAUAUUUGUCACGUGAAAAAUGUGCAUUUAUGCAUCGUAUAAACUAUUAUUUACAUAGACAACAAUAGUCAAGCAUUAUCUGGAUCCACGUGUUCUAAAUAAACGUAAAGCGAUCAUAGGUCGAAGUCCUUGCGUAAUCGCGAUUACUUUUUAUUAUUUUAUGUAAACUGAAAUAUCCUGCUUGAAACAUCCUUUCGAAAUUGCUUAUCUAAUUCCUCUUUUUGACAAGAAUCUAUAGACUAUAGUCUUCUUGAAUAAAGGCGACCUAAUUACAGUUGAAUCCAGUUAUGUGCUGAAAAAAUUUGUAAUUUUCGGUUUAAGUCCCAGAUCGGUAUUAACACCUUCUGUCAGUUAUAACAUUUUCACAAGAGACUGUGCAUUUUUUUUCUUAAGCAAAAAAAGGCAGCCACAAACAAGAUACCCCCUUGUCAGAACUGGCCACCGCAGAACAGAAGGCUGCGGAUUUGUUUCCGGAGCCUUCAUUGAGUACGUUUUAAUUUUAAUGGAAACCAUAUUUGAAAGCUGCAAACUGUUUACCAAACAUUUUUAAACUUUUCUCUAGCAAUUUAAAUGAUAACGCUUUUCACCAUUUGCUUGUUUUAUAUUUAGAGAAAACUAUGGCAGCUGUCAGUAAUGCAACUUCAGAGCUUGCCGCUGAGGAGCUAUCAUUUACUUCUGAGACAGCUGCAAAGGUUUUGUCAGUAAUCGACGCGUUUUUAGAGACGACGUAUCCUACACUCUCAGUAAAUAUUGCCUGCGCAUUAUGUUUCAAAAACCACUUUUUAUACGUUUUUUAUUAUUUUUCAUACGAUAUAAUAAAAGUCACUAACUUUCCCGAUCUAUAUAGACCUGGUGAGUUACUUUGUUUAUUAUUAAUCUAACGUUCCAGUUAGAAAGAGAAGUGCAACUUCGCCGAUUUAUAUUUUUACAUGGCUAUUGUGCUUAUAUUUAUCGACAAGCUUUUUUAUAAUUUUCAGGGAAUCCCGUUUAAUACAGAAAUAGUACUUCGGCAACAUUGGCUUUAUUAUUUCGGCGAAAAAUAUUAUAUUUUAUUUUGGAAGUUGGGCCAGGUUUGAAUGAGUUAGAUGUAAGAAAACAGAGUGGAGUCCUGAAAGAACAUUCAAAGAGGGUUUUUUAUAUCUUUGCCAUUUGUUUAUAUUCGCAUUUGAAAAUGAUCAUUACCCAUUGAAACUGUCAGGUUUAACUGUUCUUUACCUUGUUAACGAAAUAUGUUUGCAGUUUUUUGGCAAAUUACUAUUCACUUAAGAAAACGGCGGUUUGAGUGCAGUCGGCCCUAUCUAUUUCACAAACACACAAUAAACGAAGUUUAUCUGUCUACAAAAUGAUUCACCAGAGGUGUUCUAUUCCAUGUAGAAAGAACUAAAAGCACAUGAAUCAUGCAAGACCGAUUAUGAAAACGCCUUGAAGAAAUGUGAGAAAGUCAGCAAGGUAGAUAAAAAGGAGAAAGUAAGUUAUACUUAAAAGAUAUCUUUUUAUCUAAUUUUCUGUUAUAUUAAUUGCAAAUUGUAAAAGUUUCAUUGCUUGUUUGGAAACUUUAACUUUAAGCGAAUUACCUUUUGCUGUGAACACUAUUAGGCGGAAGCAGAGGUGAAGUUGAAGAAGCAACAAUUCGAUGGUCAAGCAGCCAGAGUAUCCGCAGUUAUCAAGCAACUGGAUAAUGCCUACGUAAGACAUUUAGUGGUUACUUCCUUUCUUAUUACGGAGCGAUCAGUAUUUAGAUUGUGCAGAUUUUCUGCCGAAAUUUUUAAAUGUUGAAGUAUUCCGGCUGCAUGGAUUGAAAAAUAAUAGGUUUUGCUUUCAUCUAAAGUCUGAGUGCGCGUAUUGUCCUUUGCAGCCACAAAUUGAGAGUGCAAUAAUAGAACUUGUAGACCUUCUGGCAUUGGAACAUCAGAGGUCAGCCAACAUCAUGACGGAACUUUCGACAAGACUGAAAGUUGGAAAAGCGUAUGUGCAGCGCAUAAAUUAUAUGAUGACAUUUUCGUUUAUCACCAAAUCACUUGAUUAUGUCUGCUUGAUAUUUUAGAGCAACGAAGACAACAUAG